GAUUGUCUUUGCCCCAAUGAAGAUGGUGAUGGUCCCUCCACGCCAUUACUGCAUCAUCCUCAAUCCGGUGGUUCGGGGAGCCGAUAAUGCAGUCCAGUUUGAUGCCGUGGGGCAGGUGCGGCUCAGGCACGCUGACCUGGAGAUCCGGCUGUCCCAGGACCCCUUCCCUUUGUACCCAGGAGAGGAGCUGCAGCAGAGUGUCACGCCUCUGCAGAUUGUCUCAGCUAAUACAGCCCUCUAUCUCAGAGCUCUUCUGGACUUUGAAGAUGACCAGUAUGGGAAACACGUUGCUGGUGACGAAUGGCUGUUUGAAGGACCUGGCACCUAUAUCCCCCGCAAGGAGAUCGAGGUUGUGGAGACCAUCCAAGCCACCAUCAUUCGGCCCAACCAAGCAAUAAGACUUCAGGCCCGCAAGGAGUGCAUGGACAGAGAAAAGAAUAAACGUGUGACAG